ACAGCCUCCUCCGCUCACUCGUCGUCAGCCAUGUUGUUGGUGUGACACACUGAGUUAUCAGCAACAGGUUCUUAAAUACUGCAGCGAAACCUGUAACUUAACAUUUCUCAGCAAAUACUGCCUUCUUUGGAUACUAAUACUCUACCUUGUGUCUGAUAAACCGUCCAGAAGUGGUGGAUGAUAACUUCAGGCCUCUCAGAAGCUCGAAAGUUGGAUGUUUUUGUGGCCGUGGUGAGAGAGAUGGCUGAAAGCAGUAGCUGAGGACGCUGCCGGGAGUUCCCCCUCUCUCCGUCUCUGCCACCUGCAAUCAUGAAUGGUGGCACAAGCACAUGGGCGAUCACCCCAGAGGAGAGGGACAAACAUGAUCAAAAGUUUGACACCCUCUCACCCUCAAUGGGUUACGUCUCAGGGGAGCAAGCAAGGAAGUUUUUCCUCCAGUCAGGGCUUCCUGCUUCAGUUUUGGCUGAGAUAUGGGCUCUGGCUGACAUGAAUAAAGACGGGAAGAUGGACAGGUUGGAGUUUUCCAUUGCUAUGAAGCUCAUUAAGCUAAAACUUCAGGGUACAACGCUUCCCUUAUCACUUCCAAUCAUCAUGAAGCAGCCUCCAGUGCCUGCCCCCACCCUCAGUAACCCCACCUCAACUUAUGGCAUGGGGGGCAUGACGAUGAUGCCAGGGUCAAACCUCGCCCUGUUGGCCCCUCUGUCCAUGUCAACCCCCGGACUCUCAGCAAUGUCCCCAAUGACAGGCCUGACACCUUUAGUUCCUACAGCAACAGGCCUCAGCCCUCUGAUGGCCACCCCCACUAGACCCAUGAUGUCCACCAUGGGAAGCGCCACCCUCCCAAACGGCACCAUGGGAAUUCUCACUCCAAUGCCAGCUGGGGCUUUGGCCACAGGUUUACCUUAUCCUGCAUCCACCUACACCUCUCCGAUGACUCUCUCCUCUGCGGCUCCUGCUGGUUUGAACAAGGCCUCAUCACUGCUUGACCUAGGAUCUAGCAGCUCCGCUUCCUCGUCCCCCUCUGUGAUGUCCCCCAUGGCGGCUGUUCCCAGUGACUGGGCUGUGCCGCACCCCUCCAGACUCAAAUACAGACAGCAGUUCAACAGCCUGGAUAAACAGAUGACUGGAUUCCUCACUGGUCAGCAGGUGAGAGGCGCCAUGGCAACCACGAUGCUGACUCAGACACAGCUGGCUUCAAUCUGGAAUUUGGCUGAUGUUGAUAAGGACGGCAAGCUGAAGGCGGAGGAGUUUAUUCUGGCGAUGCAUCUGGUGGACGUAGCAAAGACUGGACAACCACUGCCACUGACUCUGCCAGCAGAGCUGGUUCCACCCUCAGGAAGGGCUGCAGUGAAUGGAUCCAGUGCUUCUCCCUAUGCUGCUCUGAUGGAUGACUUGGACAUCGAACCUCCACAGAAAGCCAAAGCCAACUACACUUUUGAGGAUAAAUUCAAAGCCAACCUGGAGCGAGGAAACGCUGAACUGGAGAAAAGACGACAGGCUCUGCUGGAGGCUGAGAGGAGGGAGCAGGAGCGACGUGCUCAAAAGGAGAGGGAAGAGCGAGAGAGGAGAGAGAAGGAGGCUCGGGAGGCUGAGGAAAGGAGGAGGAAAGAGGAGGAGAGGAGGCUGGAGCGACAGAGGGAGCUGGAGAGGCAGAAAGAAGAAGAGCGACAGAGGGAGAUAGAGAGGAAAGAGGCGGCACAGCGGGAGCUUGAGCGGCAGAGGAAGGAGGAGUGGGAGAGAAGGCGGCGGGGAGAGCUUCAGAUAAAGAGGGAGCAGGAACAGGAUGAUAUCAUCAGGCUGAAAGCAAAGAAAAGGAGUCUGGAGAUGGAGCUGGAGGCUGUGGGUAACAAGCACCGUCAGAUCUCAGACAAACUAAGGGAUUUUCAGAAUAAGAAGAAGCUUCAAAAGACUGAGCUUGAUCUGGUGAAUCAGAGGAUAGAGACACGCCAGCAGGACAUGCACAACCUGCAGAAACAGUUGGAGGAGUUCCAGAGGAAGUUGUCCCAGCUGACACCAGAGCAGAAGAGGCUGAGUGAGAAACUGAAAAACAUGGCUCUGAAUAACAUGCCUGUGUCGACCAUGUCCACCAUGAAGACGGGUAUUACAGAGAAAAAAGGUACAUGUAUGAAACUGAGACAGCAGCUGGAAGCUCUGGAAAAAGAAACUGCUGCAAAGCUGGCAGAGAUGGACCAGCACAACAAAGAUAUGCAGGAACUUAGGGAAAGCCAGAGACAGCAGCAGGCAGCACUGGAGAAACUACGGAGCAUCAAAGAGGACAAACGCCGUGAGCUGAUCCGGAGGAGAGAGCAGGAAGAGGAAAAGAGGAGGAAGGAAGAGGAGAGGAAACAGCAAGAGGAGGAAAGAAGGAGGAGGGAGGAGGAGGAGGCUCAGAGGCGUAUUAAGAUGGAAAAAGAGCGACAGUGGCAGGAGAAGUUGAGAAGGGAUGAAGAGGAGCGCCAGAGAAAGCUCCAGGAGGAGAGAGACGCAAAGCAGAGGGAGGAAGAGGAGAGGGAGAAACAGGCCCUCAUCCAGGCUGCAAAGGAGCAGGCUGAACGAGAGCUCAGAGCGAAGGAGGAGGCAGAGCGGAGAAGAAAAGAGGCAGAGGAGAGGAAGAAAAAAGAGGAGGAGGAGCGACAAAGACAAGCAGAGAGACGGAGGCAGGAGGAGGAGAGGAGGAAGCUGGAGGAGGAGAGAAGGCUGCUAGAGGAAGAGAGGAGGAAGCUGGAGGAAGAGAGAAAGAAAGAGGAGAAGAGACGGAAAGAAGAGGAGGAGCGACGCAAGAAGGAGGAGGAAAGGAGGAGGUUAGAGGAGGAGAGGAGAGAGGAGGAGCGCAGGAGAGAGAGAGAGGAGGAGGAAAGGAGGAGACAAAGAGCAGCAGAGGCCGCCAUCCGAGAUGGAGAGGAGAGAAGAAGACGAGAAGUGGAGGAGAGAAAGAAGAGAGAAGAAGAGGAGAGGAGGAAGAGGGAUGAAGAAAGGAGGAGGCAGCAGCAGCAGCAGGAGGAGGAGAGGAGGAAGCAAGAGGAGGAGAGAAAGAGGGCAGAGGAGGAGAGAAAGAGAAAGGAGGAAGAAGAGGAAAGGAGGAAAGCAGUGGAAGAGAGAAAGAGGAGAGAGGAGGCGUCCCGACAGCAGCCGCAGCAGAAGUCGGGGGGAGGCGGAAAAAUCGACAUUCAGGCUUUGCUCAGAGGUCUGGAGGAGCGGAAAGGCGGACAGCCCAGAGCCACGCAGCACAGGAAGUCAGCGGCUCUCACCUCCUUCAAAGCGCUCUACCCGUUUACUGCACGCAACAAUGAAGAGCUAACUUUCGACGCAGACGAUAUCAUCGAGGUUGAUGAGACAACGGAGCGAGAGGAGGGCUGGCUAUACGGCAGCAAACAAGGAAAGAUGGGCUGGUUCCCAGAAAGCUAUGUUGAAAGAGUGGCUCCAUCCAGCGCUGCAGCUGGUACUGCUGCAUCUUCUUCUGCUGCUGCUGCCCCUAAACUGCCGCUACAGUCGCAGCUCUCCAAUGCCCUUGAAGCUGCCAAGGUAGCAGGGACAAAGUCUGCAUUCACACCAACGCACUCUCCAAACCCUGCACCCUCUGAGACACCAGGACAGCAGGUGGUGGGUAACGUGUUAGCACAGGCACUGUGUUCAUGGACAGCAAAGACAGACAACCACCUGAACUUCAAUAAGGAUGAUGUCAUUCAGGUGUUGGAGCAGCAGGAGAACUGGUGGCUGGGAGAGCUCAACGGGGAACAGGGCUGGUUCCCUAAGACUUAUGUGACACUGCUUGGAGAAGAAGACAGCUCAGAUGCGAAGAGCUCCCCUCCUGAUGCUUUGGACUCUGGCGACAGCUUGCAGCUUGAAGAGUUUGUUGCGUUGUACACCUAUGAGUCUCCAGAGCCCGGUGAUCUCACAUUCAGAGAGGGAGAUAUGAUCCUAGUGAGCAAGAGAGAAGGAGAGUGGUGGAACGGCUCGAUAGGGGAUCGCUCAGGCGUCUUCCCCAGUAACUACGUCAAACCUAAAGAGACAGAUACAUCAAGCUUAUCUGCAAAGAAGAAGCCAGAGAUUGCUCAAGUGAUUCGACCCCACUCCUCUACAACCCCUGAACAGCUGAAUCUGGAAAAUGGUCAGCUCAUACUCAUCUUGAGCAAGAACGCCUCUGGGUGGUGGCUGGGAGAACUGCAGGCCCGUGGUAAAAAACGUCAGAAAGGCUGGUUUCCUGCUUCUAAUGUAAAAAUCCUGGGAUCUAACAGUGGCAAAUCAACACCAGCACCCCAAACAGUCUGUCAGGUGAUAGCCAUAUAUGACUACACUGCUGCCAACGGGGACGAGAUGAGCUUCUCAAAAGGUCAGCUGAUCAACGUUUUGGAUAAGAAUGACCCUGAUUGGUGGAAAGGGGAGAUCAAUGGUACCACUGGUCUCUUCCCCACCAACUACGUGAAGAUGACCACAGCAGACUGUGACCCCAGCCAACAGUGGUGUGCAGACCUGAACAGCCUGGACUCUCUGAGCCCUCAGGAGAAGAAGAGGCAGGGUUACAUCCACGAGCUGUUACAGACAGAGGAGAGAUAUGUGGAAGACCUGCAGAUAGUGCUGGAUGUUUUCCAUAAGCCCAUGUCAGAGUCUGGCAGGGUGAAGGAUGAAGAGAUGGCCAUGAUCUUUGUCAACUGGAAAGACCUGCUGGCCUGCAAUACUAAACUUCUGAAAGCUCUACGUGUGCGUAAGAAGAUGGGAGGGGAGAACAUGCCGGUGCAGAUGGUAGGAGACAUCCUUUCUGCAGAGUUGUCCCACAUGCAGCCCUACAUCCGCUUCUGCUCCUGCCAGAUCAACGGAGCCUCACUGCUGCAAACUCGCAUCGACAACGAGCCAGACUUCAAGAACUUUCUCAAGAAAAUCGCCACAGACUACAGAUGUAAAGGCAUGCCGCUGUCCAGCUUCCUGCUGAAACCCAUGCAGAGAAUCACACGCUACCCGCUGCACAUCAAAAACAUCCUGGAGUGCACCGUGGAGGGUCAUCCUGAUCGAGGGCCACUGAAAGAAGCUCUGGAGAGAGCAGAAGAGCUUUGUCAGCAGGUAAAUGAGGGUGUGCGAGAAAAGGAGAACUCAGACAGACUUGAAUGGAUUCAGAACCACGUACAGUGCGAUGGUGCUGCAGAGAACAUGGUGUUUAACUCCCUGACCAACUGUCUGGGCCCCAGGAAGCUGCUCCACAGUGGAAAAAUGUACAAAGCAAAGAGCAACAAGGAGCUGUGGGCUUUUCUUUUUAAUGACUUUCUGCUUCUGACUCAUGCGGCGAAACAGUUCACCUCGUCUGGACCCGAUAAACUGUUCAGCAACAAGAACAACACGCAGCUCAAGAUGUACAAGCCUCCUGUGCUGCUAAAUGAAGUUCUGGUGAAACUUCCAGAUCCUUCCAGCGAUGAGCCCGUCUUUCAUAUCUCACACAUCGACAGAGUCUACAUCCUCAGGACUGACAACAUAAACGAACGGACGGCGUGGGUUCAGAAGAUCAAGGCAGCAUCUGAAGAGUUCAUCGAGACAGAAAAGAAGAAAAGGGAAAAAGCUUAUCAAGCUCGAUCAGUGAAGGCGAGUGGAAUCGGCAGACUCCUUGUUACCAUCCUGGAGGCCACUGAGCUCAAGGCAGCAAAACCCAACGGGAAAAGUAACCCGUACUGUGAGGUGACCAUGGGCGCUCAGAUCUUCACAUCCAGGACGCUCAAUGACACCCUGAACCCCAAGUGGAACUUCAACUGUCAGUUUCACAUCAAAGACCUCUAUCAGGAUGUCCUGUGCAUCACCAUCUUUGAAAGAGACCAGUUUUCCCCUGAUGUGUUUCUGGGUCGGACAGAGGUUCCCGUGGCAACCAUAAAAAAGGAGUUGGAGAACAAGGGACCCGUAACACGUCGUCUUCUCCUGCAUGAGGUUCCCACAGGAGAAGUGUGGGUCCGCCUUGACCUGCAGCUCUUUGGCAACAAAUAGAAAGAGAGGAUGAAUUAAUAAUGGAAUCUUAAUAGGGAUGUUAUCCUUCUGCAGAGAAACCAAAUAGGAAAAGCUGCUCAAACAAACUCAGAUGAGUUAUUUACACAUGCCUAUUACAGCCUUCUAUAAACCCCUGGAACUGUGUGUUUCACAUGAGGCCUUAAUAUGUUAAAUAUUAACCAGCACUAAUAAUACCUCUUCUGACAUCACCCGAGUCUUCCAAUAGGGAUAAGGGCUUCAGUGACAUCAUCCAAACCAACCAAUAGUGGUUAAAUUCAUCAUCUUUACUGCUUCUUGACCUCAUGUAGAAAGAGUUGCAUGACUGCUGCAGUACAGUGUGUACUGUACACUGUGAAGUACAGUGUGUGUGUGGUGGAGCUGAAUCUGGGUCUUCAGCUGUCAUCAUGUCUGACCAUCACAGAGAGGAAGAACUGCACAAAUAUUAUCUAGAAGAAAGUAAUCAUCCACCUAUCAGAAAAGCAAUAAAACUACAAACACAACGUUUUUUAAACUACAGAUGUAAUGGUUAUUUUCAGCUCUGUCGAGUCUCUCAGAUCUGGAAACAUUUUAUAAGUAGUUGGUUUGACAUUUAGGCCUUUUUCUAAGUCCAGUCAAGUAUGUUUGGAUAAACAGCUAAAAAGGAAAAAAUUAAAGACCACCACAAUAUGUUUUUUCAAAUUAUACUGUUAAAAGGUUUGUGCUCACGUGAAAUGGACAUUUUUGUCAUAUUGUAGACAGCAUUCCUCCCAAUUUUCAAACUUCUUAUAAAAUAUUCUUACUUUGCUUAUGAAAAUGACAACGGAUUGAGAAAACAGAAUGAAGCUGUUAUUUUGAUAUACAAAUACAAGUUCAUGUUCAUUUUAAAAGAACACAAUUCUAAUUUUUUGACUGCAGAAGAGGUCAGAAAUCAUUGUCUGGACAAAUUUAGGUGACCUUUUCAGACCAAAGAUUUGCAACAACACUGUCAGGCUUUUUGCAACAUCAUCAACAGGUGUCUGACGAUGUUGACUUCAGUUCAGUGUGUUAAGUUGUAGACAGCUGGUUGCAGGAUGGUGCAAACAGAUAAAUAGGAAUUGGACGUCUUGGUUUUUAGGGCUAUAAAUGGCAAAAAAUAAUUGUUAAAAGUAGAGUAUUUCAUGCACUUUGACUAAGACAUGUCCUUAAUCAAUAUUGUUUUCUAGCCAACCUUAUAUGAUUUCAACCGUCUUCUUCCACAGAAUUGUUGUAUAAAUAUCCUCCAUAAUUCAAGGAAUUUAGUGUUGGAUAUUUUAGAUUUCCUUGGGGAGUCCAGUUUCCUUACAUCUGGACUACCAGGCUGCCCACUUAAGAAUCACGGCAACCCACCCUUAUUUUGACAGGUCUUCCCUGACAAAACAAAAAAACAUUAUUCUGCUUUUUAUUAGUUAAAAAGUUUAGAAUCAGCUCAAAACACGUGCAAAAAUAUGUUAUGAUGAAUAUCAACAUACAAUAUCUUGCCAGAAUAGAUGCAUUAAAUGUGCCAGAAAUCAUCAAAUUUAAGCUUUUAUGACAAAAAAAUUAUUUUAUCCUGUACCAUUUGACAUUUCAUAAACAUUAAAUCAUUUGUCAUUCAUCAUCAUUAAAUCAGAAAAUUCAGCCCUGAUCAGGCAGGAAGUCUCUCUCAUUUUUGACCAUUUACAGUUCAAAAAGUGAUAUUAAUUUUUCUUUGUUUUGGUCUUAAAAAGUCUUAAAUUAGAUUUUUAAAAGUGUGUAGGAACCCUGUCAAGGCUGUAGAAGUUGCAUUGACA